CUCCGGGUCCCCCCAACAGGUGAGCAUCCCCCGGGCACCAGCUGCAUCACCCCGGGCCCGGGGGGACCCGAAAGUCCCACGGGGGAGUCCCCUGCCGUCCCCCUGCCUGUGGCACCCCCCGCAUCCCACCCUGCCCUGCCACCCGUGGGGGGCCGGCCAACCCCGGGUGGGUUCACCCCUGGGUUGAGAGCCCCUGCACGCUGCCGCGACAGUCGAGGGCAGCCGCGAUGGGGACCCAGAAGUGCAGCAGGGCCACUGCUCUGUGUCCCCGUCACUGCUACUGCACUGGGGACCAGCAGCCCUGUGGCCUCAGGGCUGAGCACGGUGGCCCCUGCCCCAUGCUGUGUCCCCAGCACGUCCCCAGGGAUGGGGUUCUGGAGGCUCUGGGGAGCUCAGUGCUGGCAGUCACAAGCAGUGGGGGUGAUGCAGUGGGCAGGGAGAGUCAGGGGCUGUGGGGACAUCACCCAUCCUUGUGCUCCCCAGCAGAGAUGCCUUUUUGCCCUGGAAUUGCCAGUGGUUUGGGUUUGGGUUUGGGGUGGGAGAUGGGGCUGCUGGCUGCCCAGCAGGGUUGGCGGGGGCCGUAGGGUGGUGACAGGGACCUCUCUGUGUGACACCGAAGGGACCUGUGCGCUGCAAGGGUCUGCAGGCACCCCCUGCACUGAGCACACCACGUAGGCACCAGCUCGUUUUGCUCCAUAACCGUGCGGAAAUGCAGCCGGCGGCAACACCUCUGGUCUCAGCUGUGCCAUCAGGCCCUGGGGACACCGAGCCUGGCGCUGUCCCCACUGUUCCGAGCAGGGGAACAGCUCGUCUGCCCUCCGGGGAUUGCCCACAUCAUCCGUGGCGUGCCACAGCUCAGCCACCCCCUGCCCGCCAGCGCCUUUUUGUCGGGGCAUGGGGGGAGUCCCCCGGGUGUCCCCGGGGCUGCCACUGCCUGUCCCCCGCAGACAUCAUGGCUGACAAGGAGGGGGUGACGCUGUCGCUGGAGGAGGAGGAGGAGGAUGCCGACGUGGCCCUGGCGUACAAGACGCCGGAGAAGAAGAGCCUGCGGGAGAUCCAGGAGCUGGACCCAGGGGAUGAGAGCCUGCGGAAGUACAAGCAGGCGCUGCUGGGUACCAUCCCUGUCGCCGUGGAUGCCAGCGUGCCCAACGUGCAGGUGACAAGGCUGACCCUGAUGUGUGAGCAGGCACCAGGGCCCAUCACCAUGGACCUGACAGGAGACCUGGAGGGGCUGCGAGGCAGGGCCUUUGUGCUGAAGGAAGGGGUGGACUACAGGGUGAAGGUGUCCUUCAAGGUGAACAGGGAGAUCGUCUGCGGGCUGCGGUGCCUGCACCUCACCUACCGCCGGGGCCGGCCCGUGGAUCGCGACGUCUUCAUGGUGGGCAGCUACGCGCCGCGGGCCGAGGAGUACGAGGUGGUGACGCCGGCGGAGGAGGCGCCGCGGGGAUGGCUGGCACGGGGCUCCUACCGCGUCCGCUCCCUCGUCACCGACGACGACAAGACGGAGCACCUCUCCUGGGAGUGGGGCCUCUGCAUAAAGAAGGACUGGGAGGACUGACCCCCCGCUCCGCACCCCGGUUCCUCCCGCCAGCUCGGGGACGCGGUGCCGCCACCCCGGGGGACCCCUCGCCGGCACCGCCGCGCUUGCCCCAGUCGUGUGAAGGGUUGAGGGGGGGUCCCUUAGCGAGUGGGCGCCCGUGGUCGUGGUCUUCGCAACCAAAGUUAUUUUUAAUUGCUCUUUUUUUUUUUAAAUCUCGGCGCCCGCCUGGUCCUCACGGUGUCCCCGUCGCUGGGGCCGGGGCUGUGACCCCGCCGCGGUGGUGCCGUGCCCGGUACCCGCCCGGUCGCAGGCUGUGCUCUUCCAUCGCCAUUAAACCCUACAGACUGGUCUCUUA